UUUUAGUUCUAAAUUUUCAAUCCCCGAAUUGAGAAUAUAUUUUAUAGAAAUAAAAUACAAAAUGCUGUUCGAGCAUAUUAUUCGAACUUUGUUGGUGUUUGUGGCCAUUGCUUGGGCUCUCAGUGAUGCCCAGCAGCUGGAAGAGACUUACAAUGAUUUUUCCCGCCUGGUGCAUGAUGAUUCCGAGGGAGGUUGUUCGCAGAGCAAUUGCCACAUCAAUAUGGCUGGUGGUGGCAAACAGAAGGCCACCAACAUAGCCCAGAAGGCCGCAAAGGAGGCCAAAGAUGCCUCCGAUGCCCAGGUGUCGGCCGCCGAGGCUGCUGCCCGACAUGUGAAGCAACAAUUGGCCGACAAGGCCUUCGCUGCAGCGAACGCUGCAGAAGCAGCUCUUGCUGGGAAGCUGCAAAUCGUCGAGCAGCUGGAAUCAGAGGUACGUGAGGGCGAGGUGGUCGUCCAGGAAGAGGCCUCCGGACUGCAGACCACCCAAAGCACAGCAGCGGCUGCCGCCCAGGCCGCAAGCAUGGCCGGUACCCAAGUUAAGACAAUCACCGAUGCCGUCAAGAAUGCCCACGCCAAUGUGGCCAACUCGGAGCAGGUGUCCAACGGCGCUCAGCAGGAGCUGGCCGAGAAGCAGCAGCUAGUGGAGACGGCCAAGAAGCGCGUGGAGAUGCUGCUGAAGCAGCUGGAUUGCGCCAAGAAGGACUUCAAUAGCACCAAGAAGCUGGCCGAGAAGGCAGCCUGUGCUGCCCAGGAGGCCAGAACACGUGCCUCCCGGGAGCGUCGCCGGGUGGAGAUGCUCGACAAGUUAAUGCGUCGCUAUAGACGCGGUUACUAAGCCCAAGACAAUUUGUGUUU